AUGAAGGCACAGAUCGAAGAGUUGAAGCUUGAAAUAAAGAUAAGCAUUGAAAAUUUGAAUUUGGAGAUUACUGCUCUCCAGAGUCAACUGGAGAAUAGAAACAUUCUUAACCAACACACUUCGCCUUCUGUCUCUGCCAUUUCUAGUGCUAAUACCAUCCGCAAACCGGUGAGCAUAUUCCGUGAAAUAACUUUAAAGCAUAUCUUCAAGAUGAUAAGUGAAGACCUUGGCAUUGAAGUAACAAGUAACGAAAAGGUCAUGCUCAAUAUGUGUACAAAGCUUGUAUGUGAUGAUAUGGCUGCCCAUCCUUUGGUGAUCGCUCUUGGUCCUAAUCCUAGCUGGGGGUCUAUACCAGUAGCACUUAAGAAAUAA